AUUAAAAAGCAAUUUUGUUGUUCUCUUUAUUUUAUUUUGAUUUGUCAUCAUGGCUUCUGUUCCAACAAAGCAGGAUGAGAAGACUAAACGUAAUGAAGAGUUAGCUACUGCUAUUCUCAAAAACAAACCAAAGCCAAAUCGUUUAAUUGUUGACACCAAUCCAAAUGAUGACAACAGCACAGUUUGUCUGUCUCAGGCUAAGAUGGAUGAACUUAACAUCUUUCGAGGGGACACUGUUUUCCUUAAAGGAAAGAAGCGUCGUGAGACAGCUUGUGUUGUUCUUGCAUCUGAGACUUGCCCAAACGAGAAAAUUUUGAUGAAUCGUGUCGUUCGCACCAACUUGCGUGUUAAGCUCGGUGACGUCGUUUGCGUUGUGCCAGCCUCGAACAUCCCAAAUGGUAUCCGCAUUCAUGUUUUGCCAAUUGACGACACCGUUGAAGGUCUUACUGGAAAUCUUUUUGAAGUCUACCUCAAACCCUAUUUUGUCGAAAUGUAUCGACCUGUUUACAAGGGUGACACUUUUACUGUGAGCGCAGCUAUGAGGACCGUUGAAUUUAAAGUUAUUGAGGUUGACCCCAGUCCAGCGUGCAUUGUUGCUCCAUCAACGAUAAUUCAUUGUGAAGGUGAUCCAAUUAAACGAGAAGAUGAGGAAGGGAAUCUUAAUGAGGUUGGCUAUGAUGACAUUGGUGGAAUGCGUAAGCAGUUGGCACAAAUCAAGGAAAUGGUUGAACUUCCUUUGCGUCAUCCACAACUCUUUAAAUCUAUUGGAAUCAAACCGCCGCGUGGAAUGUUGCUCUUUGGACCACCUGGAACAGGAAAAACGUUGGUUGCUCGAGCUGUAGCUAAUGAAACUGGAGCGUUUUUCUUUUUGCUCAAUGGUCCUGAAAUUAUGUCUAAACUUGCUGGUGAGUCUGAGUCGAAUUUGCGUAAGGCUUUCUCGGAGUGCGAAAAGAAUUCGCCUGCUAUUUUGUUUAUUGAUGAAAUUGAUGCUAUUGCUCCGAAACGUGAAAAGACUCAUGGUGAAGUUGAACGUCGUAUUGUUUCUCAACUUCUCACUCUUAUGGAUGGAUUAAAGCAGCGUUCUAAUGUUAUCGUUAUUGGAGCUACUAACCGUCCUAACUCUAUCGAUCCGGCUUUGCGUCGUUUUGGUCGUUUCGAUCGAGAAAUUGACAUUGGAAUUCCUGAUGCAAUUGGACGUCUUGAAAUUCUUCGAAUUCACACAAAGAAUAUGAAAUUGGCUGAUGAUGUUGACUUGGAAAGGAUUGCAAACGAAUGCCACGGUUAUGUUGGUGCCGAUCUUGCCGCUCUUUGUUCUGAAGCUGCAAUGCAGCAAAUUCGUCAGAAGAUGGAAUUGAUUGAUCUUGAAGCGGAACAGAUUGAUGCAGAAGUAUUGAAUAUGUUGGCUGUUACUAUGGAUGACUUCCAGUUUGCUCUUGGAAAGAACAGUCCAUCUGCUCUUCGUGAAACUGUUGUAGAAACUCCAAAUAUCUCUUGGGAUGACAUUGGUGGUUUGGAAGGAGUUAAGCGCGAGUUGCAAGAGUUGGUUCAGUAUCCAGUGGAGCAUCCUGAAAUGUUUCUCAAGUUUGGAAUGCAACCGUCCCGUGGUGUUCUCUUCUAUGGGCCACCUGGAUGUGGUAAAACGUUAUUGGCUAAGGCUAUUGCCCAUGAAUGUCAAGCUAACUUCAUCAGUAUUAAGGGACCUGAGUUAUUGACAAUGUGGUUUGGUGAAUCUGAAGCUAAUGUUCGUGAUGUGUUUGACAAGGCUCGUGCUGCUGCUCCUUGCGUUCUUUUCUUUGACGAACUUGAUUCUAUUGCAAAGUCUCGUGGAGGAAAUAUUGGCGAUGCUGGGGGAGCUGCGGAUCGGGUUAUUAAUCAAGUUUUGACGGAAAUGGAUGGAAUGGGGUCAAAGAAGAAUGUUUUUAUCAUUGGAGCUACCAAUCGUCCCGAUAUCAUUGACCCGGCAAUUCUUCGUCCUGGACGUCUUGACCAACUUAUUUACAUUCCACUUCCAGACGAGGCAAGCCGUCUCCAAAUCUUUAAGGCAAAUUUGCGUAAAACUCCAAUUGCAAGCGAUGUUGAUCUUAACUUUUUGGCAAAAACGACAGUUGGUUUCUCGGGUGCCGAUCUUAACGAAAUCUGCCAGCGUGCUUGCAAACUUGGAAUUCGAGAAUCGAUUGAAAAGGCGGUUGUGAAAGAAAAGGAGCGUCAAUUGCGUGCCCAAAAAGGUGAAGAAUUGAUGGAGGAAGCUGAUGAAGAUCCGGUUCCCGAACUUACGCGAAAACACUUCGAAGAGGCAAUGAAGUUUGCUCGUCGCUCGGUUUCUGAUAAUGAUAUUCGUAAAUAUGAGAUGUUCGCUCAAACACUGCAACAACAGCGUGGUUUUGGAACAAAUUUCAAGUUCCCUGGCGGGAAACCAGCUGGUGGCUCUGCAGGAGGAGGACCUCAGCCAAGCGCUGGAGGAAAUGAUGAUGAUGACUUGUAUAGUUAG